AUGACCGACACCCUGCUCUCUGCGCCGCCCACAAGGCCCACCUUCUCGCCCAGGCAAAUCGCCACCUUCUUCUUCUCGCCCUGCGCGGAUAAAGAAGGUUUGCCAACGGGUGUGUAUGCGUGCAAGUCUUGUGGGAGAUGUCGCAAGCUCACACCGAAGACGGGUUACUCUAACCUGGUCUCGCAUGUUCGGACAGCACACCCGGACUUCGAGAGCUCCAUGCGUGACGCGACUGUGGCCUCGACGGGAACACUAUUGCCGUGGGUGAGCCAAGAGGCAUCCAACCGUUAUGCCUGGCUGCGGUGGGUCAUCAUGGGCAACCUGCCGUUCUCAUUUUGCGAGUCGAAUGAGACCCGACGGUAUACAAACCUUAAUCCCAUCUUCGAGGAGACACUGACAGCUAUCAUGGAGGCUGUGACGAAGGCCGUGGAGAAGGCUAUAGGGGACGAGAUAUCUAAGAACUUCGGUCUCGUUCUCGACGGUUGGACCCACGCUCCCGCUUUUGUCGCUGGCCCCUGUGAUGAACAACCCCAACAACUAAAUGCUGAGAGCCAUCUCACGGCAAUCAAGCGAUUUCUGCCUUUCUUUGGUAAGUCAGUGUCCGGCUGUCUAUUUUUAGUCGGUGACAACUGCGCGGUAAACAAACGGGUGUCCGAUUUGGUUGGUGUGCCGCUUGUCGGAUGCUCAAGCCACCGACUAAACCUUGCCGUGCGGGACUUCUUGGAGCCCAGCGAGGACGAUCUCGAGGGGGUACAGCUGCUUAUGCGUAAACUCCGCACUCUUAAGCAAGCGGCGAACUUACGCACCAAAACACCACUCCGGGCGGUUUUACGACAAGAUACGCGUUGGUCAUCGACUUUUUCGAUGCUGAAACGGUACUUUCGGAUUCGAGAGUUUAUUUCCGCCGACGAUGACGAGCUCGCUGACUAUCUGCCAUCGCGGACAGCGCAUCGGAAGCUUGCCGCGCUACUCGCCAGCCUGGAGGAUUUGGAGUCAGUCUCCAAGCGUUUACAAACCAACGGGCUGACCUUGCUCGAUGCGCUAUAUCUGCUUGACGGUCUGACGGAAAUCCAGCCGUCAUUUGCGAAGUACAUCGCUCCCGACGCUAAUAUAGUUCAUUAG